CUGACUGACUCGCUCGCGGGGGAGGGGCGCACUUCCGGUGUAGUUGGUGUGUUUGUCUUCAGAUGUGAUAUAAUGGCUCCGGGAAAGAAUAUGAAGUACGAUUCUCUGGUGCUUUUGUGUGAAUGGGGGUCGUGCAGAUUCACAGCAUCUCGGAUGGAAGAUUUCAGCAACCACAUUGCCGAGCAUUUAAAGGCGCACCUCCAGGGUGAAGAAGAAGACAUUGAACCCCAAGAGGAAUACCAGUGCCUGUGGGCGGAUUGUGGCUACUACUCUGUGGAGAGCUCGGCUGACCUGAUGCGUCACGUUUACUUCCACGGUUACCACACCAAACUGAAGCACUGGGGUCUCCAGUCCCUACAGGCACAGACUGAGCUCGAGCAGUGUUUGCUGGAUCAACAGAGUCGCAACGUCAUUCCUGAAAUCCCAGAGAGCUUUGUCUGCCUCUGGGGACACUGUGAUAGCACUUUUGACAAUCCCGAGUGGUUCUACAGGCACGUGGACAUGCACGGCAUGUGUUCAGACCGAGACGCAAUCUCCGACACUAAUCUAAUAAUCCCCUGCUGCUGGAAAGACUGUGAAGCGACCUUUAAAGUCAAGUUCAAGCUCCGCGAGCAUCUACGCAGCCACACUCAAGAGAAAGUGGUGGCAUGUCCCACCUGUGGGGGAAUGUUUGCCAGCAACACCAAAUUCUUUGACCACAUCCGGAGACAGACUGCAAUGGAAUACCAGCGGUUUCAAUGCUCUCAUUGUUCGAAGAGGUUUGCAACAGAAAGGCUACUCAGAGAUCACAUGCGACAUCACGUGAACCAUUACAAGUGCCCAUUCUGUGACAUGACCUGCCCAGCACCUUCGGCUUUGCGGAACCAUAUAAAAUUUCGGCACAGCGACGAGAAGCCCUUCAGAUGUGAAUACUGUGAAUAUAGCUGUAAGAAUCUUGUGGACCUGAGAAAACAUCUGGACACACACAGCGAGGAGCCCACCUAUCGCUGUGAAAUUACAGGCUGCACCUUCAGUGCCCGUUCCCAGUACUCCAUUAAGUCCCACUACAGGAAGGUGCAUGAGGGGGAUUUGGAACCCAGGUACAAGUGUCACGUUUGUGACAAAUGCUUCACCAGAGGAAAUAACCUGACUGUGCAUCUCCGGAAGAAACAUCAGUUUAAGUGGCCCUCAGGUCACCCACGCUUCAGAUACAAGGAGCACGAAGAUGGCUACAUGCGUCUCCAGUUAGUGCGUUACGAGAGCGUGGAACUGACUGAGCAGCUCAUGAAAGACCGGGAGAAGCAGGAGGGGCGUUUGGACAGCCUGACGGACAGUUUGGUCUUGUCGGAAGCCAACCUCCGGGGGAUUAUUCUGGAGCCAGUGGAGGAAGAGAACGGUGAGGGACAUGGCGCUGAGGGACAUCACAUGGACACGCUGAGUUACUGUACUUCGCAGAGCGCUCCGAGCGAGGGCCCAGAGCAGCUUCAACAGCCGCCGUUAGACUGCUCCUCCUCCCACUCCGACUCCAACAAAAGCCCGAUUAUCCGUGUGGUCAACCGGACAAACGAGCAGGGCGAGAGCGAGAUCGUUUACUACGUCCUGACCAACUCGACUCACGUCGCCGAGAGCGAGGAACCUGCCAUGGAGAUGGAGGGAGGCGCAGGCGACAACAUAGAAAAGACCGCAGAAGAACUCGGCAUCGAAAUAAUCGGGUAGAAAUCACCGUCGGAACAGAACGGGACACGGCACAAUGCCUGAUACACGCCGAGGCCUCUGACACACAGGCCAUGCUUCGAGAUUGGAUGUGGACGGCUCGUACACAUCCCAACAUCCACGUCCUUGUAAUAUACUGUAUAUUGUUUUCCUCGCUAAAUAGAUCUGCAGCGUUGGCAGGAGGGACAGUUCUGUUUGGGGGGGGGGGGGGAUGAAACUUUGCGAUAUCUGUAGCAGACUUGUCAAAACUUAUAAGAAGUGGAGGUUUGAAGAAGCGCUGCCAAUGUAACUAAAAAUGGACGCUUCUUUACCCGUGUUAUACUGUUGCUGGUGUACGCUUGCUCCACAUUACUUGGUUGAACACAAUGGCUAAAGCACUCUGCAGUCGCUUCUUCCAAAGAGUAGGAUUGACUCUUCUUAAAAACAAUGUUGACCUUGACUUGUUUAUGCUGUAGGUCAGGGCGGUCCACCUGGCAGCGAGCAGGCGGAUUUCAACACCGCCCUCCCCACCCCCACCCCACACCCACCUACGCUCCCUCCAUAUUAUCUGCGCCCCACUCCAUUUCAGGCGCUCCCUCCCCACCACUUCCUCCAUUUCAUCUGCCCACUCACUCCCUCUAUAACACAAAAAUAUUGCUUAUGCGGCCCACAGAGGUUUCUCAAACAGAGCGUCCGGCCCUCAGCAGCCACAUCCCCCCCCCCACCUUCCCCCC